AUGAGUGGCAACUCUGCAAACUAUGACGUCGGAUAUCCGAUAUAUGGUGCUAAAUUUAUAAAUGAAGGCACUCUACUGGUGGCUGGUGGUGGAGGCCAGUUCAAUUCCUCGUUUCCAAACAAAAUUACAGCUUUAAAGGUGAACUUCCAGAAAAAGAAACACAUUAGAAGGUUUCGUGAGAUCACAUUAGAUUCGAUUGACGAUGCGCCCACUUCAUUGGAUUGUAAUAAUAACCUGAUUCUAGUUGGUUGCAAUGAACUGUUUAAUGAUUCCUCCAUGGAGAACGUUAACCACCACUUGAGGAAGUUUGUGUUUGAACAAGAACAUCUAAAAUUCGUGGCCAGUAUUGAUUUCAACAGAACUACAGACCCAUCCGUUUUCACUAAGUUUGUUUACAUUAAUCAAAGGGCCACAGUAGCUGCAAUUGCGUCCUCUGAAGUGCCCACUGUGAUAAGAAUCAUUGACCCGCGUAAUUUGACGGAAAAUUACGAAAUUGAAACGGGUAGGGAAGUUAAUGAUUUGCACUUCGCCCCUAACGGUAUUCUUUUGUCAUAUAUCACUUCUAAUUCUUUGGAAGUAGCGUCUGUUAGGGACGGAAAUUUUGUAGCAAGGAAAACGGAUUUUGAUAAAAAUCUUGUUCUUUCUAAUAUCAGGUUUCUCAAUGACAAUACGCUAUUAGUGGCAGCAUCAUUAUCGAACUCUGAUGGAGUUUCCUUGUUAAAACUAGGUGUGAGUUCCAAAGGUGUUAAAAUUUUAAAAACAGCAUCCUUCAUGUUCGAUUUGAAUGGAAUAACAUCGAUGGAUGUCUCCCCAAAUAAGAAGUUCGUUGCAUUAUCAUCUAACGAUAACUUGGUUGCCAUCGUCAGCGUUGAAAAGCUAAAGCUUGUUCAGUUGGUUCCAAGAGUACAUGAAUCUACUAUAACAAAAGUUACUUUUUCUCCAGAUUCUAGAUAUUUGGCAAGCACUUCUAUGGGGAACACGAUCAACGUUCUGAAGCUUUCCGGUACAUCGUCAUCAAUUUUACGAAAUAUUUGGAAAUUUUUCUUGAAUUUUGUUUUGUUAGUGGUUUUGGCUGGCGCUAUUCAACUAGGCUACAAACAUAAUGUGCACGGCUUUAUUUACAAACAUGCUCAUGAUAUAUAUAAGUCGAAAUUCAAGGAAAACACUACCAUAGACCAAGGAUCUUCUUCUUAUUUCACUAUUAAUGACGAUUACAGAGGCAUUACUGAAAGUGCAGAUAUCAUCAGCGCUACAGAUGUUGCUAGCGAUAUAGAGACUGAAUUUUCCUCAUUUGACACUAGCACUAUGAGAACCACCACAGAAGAUGAGCAAAAAUUUGUUUGGAUAUCGUCAUCAGCUGAUUCACAAUUCACUUCUGCAGAUAUCCCAACAUCAGCUUCUUCUUCUUCUUCUUCUUCUUCUUCUUCUUUCUAUGAAGAGAGUGUCACUAAUGAACCAAUUGUGUCUUCACCUACCUCUGAAAUUACGAAGCCGCUAGCCUCUCCUACAGAACCGAAUAUUGUCGAAAAACCAUCGCUUCCACUGAAUUCAGAGUCGAUAGAUUUGUUAUCCUCAUCUUCAAAUUCUAUCACAGAAUAUCCUGAGCCGACUCCUGACUUGGAGGAGAAAUUGUCCUCGUUAAUAGUAGAACAAUCAGAAAGCGAAAUAACAACAGAUAGAGAAAGCGUUUCAAAACUCUUAAGUACUGAAUCACCUUCGCUAUCACACAUGCCGUCUUCAUCUUCAUCUUCAUUAUCUCUUUCCUCAUCGUUAACAACUAGCCCUACUACAGCAUUAUCCACAAGUACCGCGACUGCGGUUACCACCACACAAACAAACCCCACCAAUGAUGCAGCCAACACAUCUUUUCUAGACAACUCAAAACCGGCAUCCACGAGAGAGAUUUAUAAGACAAAAAUAAUCACUGAAGUCAUUACAAAAAUUGAGUAUAGGAAUAUACCUGCAUCAGAUUCCAAUGCAGAAGCCGAGCAGUAUGUUACAACAUCUUCUUCAAUGUUGUUGACGCCCACAGACACUAUGGUUUCUUCGCCCGUCUCCGAAAUUGAUCCCAUAGCAUCAGAAUUAGAGCGUAUGGUUGAAACACCUACGCAUUCUAUUUCUAUAGCAUCCGAAUUUGACUCAGUUGCGUCUAAUUUGAUCCCAAAUGAAGAAAUUUUGUCAACAUCAGCAUCCCAGGACUCUAUUUCCUCGCAUCCGAGUACAUUUUCUGAUUCAUCUAUAACCUCUGGCUUCCAGUCAAUAGAAGUAUCGACUGUAACUUCUUCUGUUCUUGCUUCUGAAUCAAUCCCUUCAAUCUCAGAUUCCACUUUUUCUAAAUUUCAUUCCAUCUCUGAACCUGUUUCAUCAGCUAUUGUGGAGACGGCAACUAGCUCAUUCUCAAAAACAGAAACGAAGACUUCGAGAGUAAUUGCUUUCUCUACCGAGGAUUCAGAACGCUCCAGUGCCUUGAUUGAUAAUUCGGAAUACACCAGUGUGUUGGCUGACAAUUUGGAACCCACUAGUGUUUUGGCUGACAAUUCGGAACCCACUAGUGUUUUGGCUGACAGUUCGGAACCCACUAGUGUUUUCACUGAUGCUGUACAAUCACCUAAGACGAGUGUUGGUCAAUCUUCCCUAUCAGAAUCCACAAAUAUUGAAGGGACUUCUAUGGCAUCUAUGAUCUUUAGUAGUAGUGGUGCUUCAAUUGGCGCUCUGUCUGAUAUAGGCAAGGGAACUUUAUCCGUGGAGAGCGCGUCAAGCACAGUAGCUCAGCCGAUGCCAGGUGUAACCACAACAGCACCAUCUUUUGUAAGUAGCCCUCACAAAAUAUCUGCUAGUUCAAUUGAUGCAUCAGGAUUUGUACAGAAAGAAAUAAUGAUAGAAGUACAGUCAUCAAAAGAUUCAUCUGAAGCGUUUGGGGUACGCCACAAAAUCAGCGAAAAUGUAAAUACUCCUGUUUCCCGAAUGCUUACGACGGAAAUGCAGGCAUCUGGUACGGUAGAUGUUACCGAAGACGUCUCUCUAUCUAGUGAAGUUAUUUCAGCACUUAACGUGGAGAUCACUUCUUUGCCUAAUCCAGUGGCCCCUCCGCAAACAAUUGCAGCACCUUUGAAUAAUAAUUCGAAUACAAACAUUGUCAACGAUGAUAAUGCAGUAGCAGGAACCGUAAACUACGCUGGCCUUCAUGACGAAUUGUGA